CCCGAUCGCUCGACAGAGUAGGAAAGGCCAGCCUCGCCCUGGGUGCCCCCCCCCACAAUGGGCAUACAGCCCCCCAACUUCUCCUGGGUGCUCCCGGGACGGCUGGCCGGGCUGGCGUUGCCGCGGCUGCCCGCGCACUACCAGUUCCUGCUGGACCUGGGCGUGCGACACCUGGUGUCCCUGACGGAGCGCGGACCCCCUCACAGUGACACCUGUCCCGGCCUCACGCUACACCGACUGCGCAUCCCUGACUUUUGCCCGCCGUCCCCGGAACAGAUCGACCAGUUUGUGAAGAUCGUCGACGAGGCCAAUGCCCGGGGCGAGGCUGUCGGGGUGCACUGUGCCCUAGGCUUUGGCCGCACUGGCACCAUGCUGGCCUGCUACCUGGUAAAGGAGAGGGGUUUGGCCGCAGGAGAUGCCAUUGCUGAGAUUCGGCGCCUGCGACCAGGAUCCAUUGAGACGUAUGAACAAGAGAAGGCGGUCUUCCAGUUCUACCAGCGAACAAAAUGAGGGAUUCAGCAGCCUUGCCUUUCCCCCUCCCCCACUCCUGCUGUGUAUAGAAAGUGUGUCCAGGGAGGAAGGGGAGUGGACUAAAGUACUGCAUCCUUCAGCUCCCACUGGCUCCUAUUGGUCAAAAGUAGUCCUUCCCCAAAACCAUAACCUGGCUGUCCGGAUGGGUGAGACCCCAUGAAAAUGAGGUAAUAACUAAUAAGAACUCAUUACCGCUGUGCAUGUACACAGCAUCCCAGUACUUCAGCUCCCUGCAGCCCUGGGUGGGUGAAAAGACAAAAAACACCUCAGUUCUUUGGAUUAGGUGGCUGGAGUUCAGAAAGGCCUGGGGCCACAGCUCUAGGAAACAGAAGGAUGGGCCAGGACUUCAGCACACCCUUUGUCUCCUUGAAGAUGAUAGGAUUCUAGGUGCUGUUCCCUGACCAUAUGUGAGAGACAAGAACUGGCCAGUGAAAGAUCCAUGUCCCUGGCCACACAGUCUCCAAGCGACCUCAGGAAUCUGCACCCCCCACACCAGCAGUGCCCCAUUGAUAUCACCCCUUAUGAAGGGUCAUCUGUCUUACCUGAGCUGCCUUUGUUCUUCUCAGGGUAUAGAAGGCCUGCAUAUCAUGCUCACAGAUAAGGUUUCUCUCUGUCUCUCCCCCUCUCCCUCUCCCCUUCUCCUCCCCCUCUCUCUCCAGGGCUGGCCACCUCUUACCAGCCUCGGAUGCACUCGGCUUAUCUGUUGCCUCCAACCCCUAUGUUGUCCCCAGUCUCAGACUAAGGAAGGCUGGAACUUAGUCUUGGUGGUUAUAAAUAUUAAGUAAUCAAAUAAAUAACUCUGGGACUCUGAA